AUGGAAGAAAGACACCAAAAGCCUCACGCAAUCUUCGUAUUCUACCCAUUACAAGGCCAUGUUAUCCCAUCUGUCCACUUAGCCAUCAAACUUGCAGAAAGAGGCUUCACCAUAACCGUCAUCAACACACACUCCAUACACCACCAAACCUCCAGAGCCCAACCCGAUGGCGAAGAUGACAUGUUUGCCACCGUCCGGCAAAAGGGUCUCGACAUCCGUUACACCACCGUGCCGGACGGCCUUCCUGUGGGGUUCGACCGGUCGCUAAACCAUGACCAGUUCAUGGCUACUUUGUUGCAUGUGUUCUCUGCCCAUGUGGAGGAGGCGGUGGAGAAGAUUGUGAGGUCGGAACCGCUGGUGAGUUGUUUGAUCGCCGAUACGUUCUUUGUGUGGCCGGGGAAGCUGGCAAGGAAGUACGGGCUUCUGUAUAUAUCUUUCUGGACAGAGCCGGCCUUAGUUUUUACACUGUAUUAUCACCUGGACCUUCUGAGGAUACAUGGCCACUUUGGUUGUAUUGAAAUGCGCGAGGACCCAAUAGAUUACAUCCCUGGUGUCCAGUCGAUUGAUCCAAAGGACAUGAUGUCGUAUCUCCAAGAGUCGGAUACAUCAACGGUGUGCCACCAAAUAAUCUUCAGUGCAUUCAAAGAUGUCAAGGCUGCAGAUUUUGUGCUGUGCAACACCAUACAAGAGCUUGAACCCAACACCAUAUCAGCUCUACAGACCAAAAUGCCAUUCUUUGCUAUUGGACCCAUCUUCCCAUCUGAGUUCACCAAAAGCAUUGUGGCUACGAGCNUAAGGGUAUUUUAG